AUGGUAGCUACUGUCGAAGGGGUGGGGUGUUCUCCCGAACCGAUCGCGGCUCUGGCAGACCAUAUCGCUCCCCCAGAGAUCCUGGCCCAUAUCCUUGAGGAAGGAUUCAAAGACUCGAAUUGUCUGGAACGAGUGCGUUUCGUACAACGCGCAGCGUCUGUGUCGCGGACAUGGCGCACUACUGCAUUGAACACGUCGGCUCUGUGGGGCACGGUCGUCAUCACACGUCCCCGCGCGCCCCCGCUGACCGUUUUUACGACACUUCUUGAACGGUCACGCGGCGCACAGCUCGACAUUUUCCUGGAUUGGUACCACACCGGACCUCCCCGUCGAAACGUGCAACGGGUGGAGGAUCCUGCCUAUAUCAAGGACGCGAUGCAAAUAUUGCGUCAACACAUGCAGCGGUGGAGAUCAAUCGACCUCACAUGGGGAGUGUCUGGGUCAGAUGAACUCGAUGAGACAUUUGCGCCCCUCCUCACUGGAUCGGCAGCCGCUCUGACAAGCUUGCGUCUCCGUUGCGUCUGUCGUUUGAUCUGGUAUGAGGACCUAGAAAAAUAUGACUUCACUAAAGGGUUUUUGGCUCCAAAUCUCCGCAGCAUGGUGUUGGAUGGCCUGCCGUCUGCUAUGGAUCUGGGAAGGGUGACCGCGCGCUUUCCAACCAUCUCCGAGCUCACGUGGAAGGAGAGCGGCGACGGCGAGAGCAAAUGGAUCUAUGAGAGCAUGGAUUUCAUGCCGAUGCUGGUACCCCUCCACGACCUGCGACAUCUGACGCUAAUUAACGUCUACGCGGAUGACGUCCGAAACGAGCCGCCAGACAAUAACGAGGCUUUAAUCUGUCUCCCCGCUCUGGAGACACUCACCUUUGAUGACACCGAUUUCGGGACCAUCGGAGAUAUGCUUUCCGUUGUGACCGCCCCGAACUUAUGUGGCCUCAUCAUUCACAACCCUCAACAUGAAGACCAGACAGUCUCCUUCCACGCCUUCUGGCAGCAACCCAAACGCUUCCCACUGUUACGCACUCUAUACCUCGAGUACAACGUCGACGGGUUGACCAUCGACGAGCUAAUCGCCUUUUGGCGCCCUUUCCAAUUCUUCCGCUCUGCACGCAUCAUCCAUACAUUUGCGCGCGACUCUAAUGAUUUCUCCAUGGAUGACGUCCUGGAAGCCCUCUCUCACGCACAAGAAGAUGGGCGAUGGCUCUUCUCCCACCUCACCUCCCUCGCCAUAUACUCUAAAUCCUAUAUAGCCACAGAUGGGCUUCGGCAGCUCGUGGAUAAUCGUCGGGAAACGGGGAUAGAGGUGCCCGAUGUAGGCGCAGUGGGGCUGCAGACGUUGAAAAUAUACGCACCGGCGACAAUUGACUCGACGGAUUCAGAUUACUUCGGACAGAAUCUGCGUAAUUUCGACUGGAUCCAAGGCAAGCCGCCCCCGGGUUGCGACAAGCAGCAUCUCUCGAUGGCAAGCUGGGCGAUGCAAUUAGUGCGUAUCGUACCUUGA